AUGAAAGAGCCCCGGCCCCAUACCAGAGAGCGUCCUGCCCCCUGGACACGAGCCCAGCUUCUGUCCCGAGGGCGGGGGGCUGGUCCCAUGGGGGCAAACUCAGCUCCGUUCCCAAGAGGGGCUGGUCCCAUGGGGGCAAACUCAGCUCCGUUCCCAAGAGGGGCUGGUCCCAUGGGGGCAAACUCAGCUCCCUUCCCUAGAGCAUCCGGACUCCUGGGCACAAGCCCAGCUACCAUCCCGAGAGGGGUUGAACUCCAAAACAUGAGCCAGGCUCUCCUGCCAAGGCCUGGUGGCCUCUUGGGUACAACUCCAGCUCCCGUGCUAGGUGGGGCCAUGUGCUUGGGCCAGAACUGUACUCCUAGCACAAGGGGGACCCCACCUCAAGACACAAGUCAAGCUCCCUUCCCCAGGGCAGGUGGCCUCUUGGGCAUUAGCCCGAGUCCCAUCCCAAGGGGCACUGGAGCCCUGGGCCCAAACCCAGCUAUCUUCCCAAGGGCAGGUGGCCUCCUGGGUGCUAGCCCAGCUCCCACCUUGCUGGGAACUGGAGCCCUGGGCCCAAGCCCAGUUCCCCUACCAAGGGCAGGUGGGCUCCUGGGCCCAAGCCCAGUUCACACCCCAAGGACAGGUGGACUCCUUGGCUCUAGCCCAACUUCCACCCCCAGGGGCACUGGUGCUGUGGGCCAGAACCCAGCUACUCUUCCAAGAGCAGGUGGGCUCCUGGGCCCCAGCCCCGCUCCCAUCCCUAAAGCAGGUGGCCUCCUAGGCACUAGUCCAGCUCCCAUCUCAAGGGGCACUGGAGCCCUGGGCCCCAGACCAGGUCCCGUCCCGACGGCGACCGGAGCCCUGGGCCCCAGACCAGGUCCCGUCCCAACAGCGACCGGAGCCCUAGGCCCCAGACCAGGUCCCGUUCCUAGGGCAGGUGGGCUCCUGGGCCCCAGCCCAGCUCCCAUCCCUAAAGCAGGUGGCCUCCUAGGCACUAGUCCGGCUCCCAUCUCAAGGGGCACUGGAGCCCUGGGCCCCAGACCAGGUCCCGUCCCGACGGCGACCGGAGCCCUGGGCCCCAGACCAGGUCCCGUCCCGACGGCGACCGGAGCCCUGGGCCCCAGACCAGGUCCCAUUCUUAGGGCAGGUGGCCUCCUGGGCCUCAGCCCAGCUCCCAUCACAAGGGCAGGUGGCCUCCUGGGCCCUAGUCCGGCUCCCAUCUCAAGGGGCACUGGAGCCCUGGGCCCAAGCCCAGCUGCAAUCCCCAAGCCAGGUGGUCUUCUGGGUCCGAAUCCAGCUCCCAUCCCAGUGGGAACUGGAGCCCUGGGCCCAAGCCCAGCUCCCAUCGUGAGGGCAGGUGGCCUCCUAGGCCUGAGCCCGGCUCCCAUGCCGAGGGGGACUGGAGCCCUGGGCCCGGCUCCGGCUCCCAUGCCGAGGGGGACUGGAGCCCUGGGCCCGGGCCCGGCUCCCAUGCCGAGGGGGACUGGAGCCCUGGGCCCGGCUCCCAUGCCGAGGGGGACUGGAGCCCUGGGCCCGGCUCCCAUGCCGAGGGGGACUGGAGCCCUGGGCCCGGCUCCCAUGCCGAGGGGGACUGGAGCCCUGGGCCCGGGCCCGCCUCCCAUGCCGAGGGGGACUGGAGCCCUGGGCCCGGGCCCGCCUCCCAUGCCGAGGGGGACUGGAGCCUUGGGCCCGGGCCUGAGCCCGCCUCCCAUGCCGAGGGGGACUGGAGCCCUGGGCCCGGCUCCCAUGCCGAGGGGGACUGGAGCCCUGGGCCCGGGCCCGGGCCCGGCUCCCAUGCCGAGGGGGACUGGCCUCUUCACCACUAGACGAGCUGACACCCUAUCUAUGAAUCCAUUCCCCUUUCCCAGGGAAGGAGGACCCUCAAGUGCAACCCCAGCUCCCAUUGCAGGGAUUGGCUCACCCCUGGGCAUGAACCUGGCUCCCAGCGCAAGGGCUGGUGGCCUCCUAGGUAUGAGCCCAGUUCCAAGAACAACUGGCUCCCUGGGCAUGAACACCGCUCCCAUCACACAGGGGCCUGCCAUGCUGGACACUAGACCUACCGGUCCCCUGGGUCAAUCUCCCUUCCCCGGGGCAGCUGGUCCCCAGAGUGUGAACCGGACUCCCUUCCCCAGGGUGGGUGAGCCCCAGAGCAUGAACCCAGUCCUCUUCUCCAAAGCAGCUGGCCCCCUGGGGCCAAACCCAACUCCCUGCCCCAGGCCAGCUGGCCCCCUGGGGCCAAACGCAGCUCCCUUCCCCACGCCAGCUGGCCCCAUGGCUGUGAACCCAGCUGUCCUCUUUCCUAAUGGGACAUUGUCAUCUCCCAUUAACAACACAGCCAGGCUGCGGUGGUGCUGAUUCUCUCCUGCCCCCUACCCUGGAGAGAAGAUCAAGAGUGCAGCCAUACUCCUGCCACCUGCCUUGCCAACAAACUAGGACCUAGCACAGUCUUAGCUUUUCCUAGAGCCUUGCUGGGUUCUGGACUCCAGGAGUUCGUAGGCCAGCAGCCCCUCAUCCUCCUAGAUGUGAUGGAGCACUGUGUUUGGGUGACGCACUCCUCAGGGAAUGCAGAUCUCAGGCCCAGCGACUCCAGCACUACCACCUUGCCUGCACAGCCGGGAAUCCAGGAGCCCCCAUCGCUGUCUGGCAGUAGUGCCCGGAACUGGAACAAUGAGCCACAGGAGCCUGUUCUGAAGCAGGCCCUUUGGUGUAACCCCGACCAUGCAGCUGCUGCUGGAGACAGCAGGUGGCAUCACCUUUCCUGCUCAGCCAGGAGCCAACUGACCUUUUGUUCUGGGUUUGUGUUCCUUCUUCCUGCCCCUUGAAUAAAAGUGACAGGAGGG